CACGUUCUCUGCAAGUUCUCAUCCGCAGUUGUUGCUUUCCCUCAUGUAUGACUUGUACAACAGUGCGAACGAUGAGCGGUGUUCGCAUAUUCAAUCUGCUUGAUCUACCGCAAGAAAUAAUCCUUCAUAUUCUGUCAUUUCUGGAUCUGCCCGACCUCGCAACUCUCUCCAAACUCCAUGAAUAUCUCGCUCUUUUGGCAGCUGACCCAGUGCUGCAUCUCAUACGACUCCGAGUAGUCGCACCAUCACGUUCUGUGGAUCAGUACGACAUCGGUCUAAGACUACAACGCGAACGUACUGCUCAUAUCAUUGCUUCGCAUCUUCGGAGACGUGCGCCUGCACCUGUUGGCCUCAAGUUGUUGUAUCACUCUGGUAUUCUACCUGACGUCGAAUCGUCGUUGCUCUCUAUUUCGCGGUCUUUGUUACCUGUGGUCAGAAAGCUCAAGUGGUCCAUUCAGCGAGACAAACUGGCUAACGAGGUGCGAGGAUUGAGUGGUGCCCUUGGGUCGGGGAACUCAGCACUUCCGUUGACCGGAAGCUUGGCUGCUUGGAUUGAGCUGAAAGGGCAAGGUGUUGUACAGGACUGUGAACGGGUACGCCUCGCGCUAUGCCCGGAUGUGCGUAGGAUGGUGAAGUUCUAUGAGAGCUUGGGACACUGAACUUGAUUUGUUAUCUUAUGUUCUUUACCUUUACUUCAUGUUACCAUAGACAGUCAACGACGUGUAUUAGGCAU